AUGGGAUCACCGGAAAGACUCGCCGAAAUUCGUUUAUUAACCGAACGAAAUAAUAUUAAAGUGCCUGUAUAUGACACAACGACUGUUGAAGAUGUUUGUUUAGAAAUAGCUAAAACAUUAGGAAUUGGACCUAUUUGUAGACAUUUGUUUUCACUCAGAGUUAGAGAUACAAAAAUUUGGUUGUUCCCCAGUUACAAACUCUCUGAAAUGAGGUCUGAUUGUGUUUUCGAUUAUAGACUUCGUUUUAAAGUUCCAAAAUUAAGUAGAUUAAAGCAAAUUGAUUUGGAAGCAUUCAAUUAUUAUUAUCAUCAAGUCAGAAAGGAUAUUUUAGAUAAUCAAGUUCCAGAUAUAAGUUAUGAAAAGCAUAAAGGAGAAUUAUUAGGAUUAGGUGUGACAGAUAUGUACAGAGUUAUGAUCGAACAAGGACUUUCUGUCGAUCAAAUCGAAUCCGAUUAUAAGAAAUACAUUCCGAAAUCAUUGCUUAAACAUCAUUUUUUGUUUAUUAAGCCAAAAAUUCAUACAUCACUGAGUAAAAUUAAAAUAAAAAAAGAACAGGAUGGUUGGUUUGUCAAAGAAGAAUACCUAAAUUUAUUUGAUAAAAUUGCACCUAAUUAUUUAAGCGAAAAAUACAAUGCUCAAAUGGAUGAUGGUGGUUCGAUUAAAUUAGUUUCUAUUCAUGUGAAUCCCUUCGCAAAAGAACAGUCUGGAAUUAAUUAUCUUUUCGAUGAAAAAGAUGAGUGGCAAUAUUUAUGUUCAAUUGAAGAAUUAUGUUAUAUAUCUGUUAGAAAUGAUGGAACUGUUGAAAUUUGUAGAAAAAAUGGAAUACCUUCAUAUUUUAGAUUUACAUCGACAUUGGUCAUGUAUUCGUUUGUUAGUCUGUUAGAUGGUUAUUACAGGUUUAGUUGUAAAUGGAUAUUUAACUUAUGUAAAGAUGUGUUUUCUCCAUCACUUAAAACAUUACAAAAUUUAAAAUGUCACGGUCCUGUUGGAGGUCAAUUUUCAUAUUCUAAAUUAGAAGAAAAAAGAAAUAAUAAACCUGGAACAUUUAUCAUAAGAGAAAGUGAAACUCUCUAUGACAUUUAUUAUUUAGAUGUUUGCACGCAGAAUUCGGCAAAGCCUAAAACUUUUAAAAUAGAAAAAGUAAAAGGUGCAGGUUAUUUUUUUAGCUUCGACCAAAAAACUUAUCCAACAAUGGUUGCUUUAGUGAAUGCAUACAGGCACAGCGAUGGAGAAGUCACACUUUUAGAAUGUAUUCCUCCAUCGGAAUUUGAUAAAACUCAAUUGUUGGUCUGUGCUUCCGAUUUAAAAGUAGACAAAAGUGGUAAUUUACCAGUAGACUCUUUAGACACUAUUAAAAGCAGUUCUCCCAUUAUCAUAAAUAUAAAAAAUCUUCAAGUGUUCAAAGGUGUCAAAAAAGAAAGUCAAAGUUCAUUAAUGUAUCAUUAUCGUAGCAUUUUAAAACUUCAAAAUGGUGGAAAAGUCGAAGCGUCAAUGAAAGUUUUAAAACCAGAAUUUAGAGAUUCGUACUUGAGUGAAUUACUUGAAUUGGCCGGUUCGUGGGCAUGUUUGCAAUCGAAUUCCAUCGUCAAAUUAUUCGGAAUUACUCUUCGCGGACCCGUUUCUAUGGUCUCGGAAUAUUUACCUUACGGGCCUUUCGAUGCUUACCUCAGAGACAAAAAAAUAUUGAUGAAAGAUGUGGAUUUGGUCGAAGCCGGAACUUAUAUUGCUUCCGCAUUGUGGCAUUUAGAAGAAUGUGGGAUAGUUCACGGGAAUAUUAGAUGCAGGAAACUUCUAGUCAGCGUACACAACGAAAACACUUGCCUAAUAAAAUUAUGCGAUCCGGGCCUACACAAAUAUUCGAAUGAAGAUGUUCAUUGGAUACCACCAGAAUGCUAUUACGAUUUUAAAUUGGCCAAAACAAUUCCGUCCGCUGAUGUUUGGGCUUUCGGUACGACUCUGUGGGAAAUAUUUUCGUUUGGAGCCACUCCGGAUAUGGGAAAUGAUAAAGACAAUUACAUAAGAGGAAAGAGGUUGGGAUUGCCAAUCGGUUGUCCGAUUGACAUUUACAGGUUAAUAUUGGAGUGUUGGGACGCAGAUAUUGACAGGCGGAAAAAACCUCAAGCGAUUAUGCGAGAUAUUAAUCAAAUAUUGUAUCAAGUUUUCAAUUCGCGAAGGGUGCAUUCUUACGCCACGGCUUUUCCGAAAGCGUUUAAAAACGACGAUCAGGAUAGUAUGACGGAAUCGAACACAAGUUUAUGGUCUGAUGCAACCGCCGAAACAUUUCUAGUCACGGACAUACCGACUGAUAAUUUGAUUCCGCUCUCCGAUUUGUCUUCCAGUUGUACAAUAGAUAAUCCGAAAAUAGAAAAUUUAUUGUUUAAGGGUUUGGGGGAAGCUUACUCUACUCAGAUCAUGUCGCCUAACAUUUCAGCGUUUUUGGCACAGUUUCAAUCAAGUUUGAGCAGUUCUUUGGAUAGUGACACGUACAUUCAAAGCAUAUUCGAAAUAGAUAAAAAUUGCAACGUUGUUCUUCAGGGAAGAAUAGGACAAGGAUUCUACGGUGAGGUGUACAAAGGGAUAUUAGAAAGAGCCGAUCACGAACCUCAGUUGGUAGCCGUGAAAAAAUUAAAAGCUAACGCUCUCAGCACGACACGACACGAUUUAGAACGUGAAAUUUCAAUAAUGGAGAGUUUGAAACACAAAAACAUUGUGGAAAUAAUAGGAGCGAUUCACGAACCCGACAUAAGUCUAGUCAUGGAAUAUGUCCAAUACGGUUCUUUGCAAACUUAUUUGAAAAUAAACAAGGAAACUCUUAAACCUGAAUCCUUGCUCAAAUUUGCUUCGGAUGUCGCAAGCGGAAUGGUAUAUUUAGGAAAGAAAAACAUUGUGCACAGGGAUUUAGCAGCUAGAAAUAUAUUAGUAGCAAGCGAAAAUCACGUUAAAAUAUCUGAUUUCGGUUUGGCACAAGUCGUGGAACAAAACAGUUAUUACAUUUUAAAAACAAAUCGGGAAUUACCGAUAAAAUGGUACGCUCCGGAAAGUUUAAGAGACGGAAGAUUUUCUCAUUAUUCGGACGUUUGGUCGUACGGCGUGACUCUAUACGAAAUGUUUUCCCUCGGGGAAGAUCCGACAUUGCCCUGUUGUUCGGACGACGUCAAUCAAUCCCAAUUGUUGACGGCUUUAGAAGGCGGUGCACGAUUGCCGUGUCCGCCGACGUGUCCGCAACUCGUUUACGUCAAAGUCAUAUCGCCAUGUUGGAAAUUGGAUUCGAAAGAAAGGCCGACGUUUACGAUGAUUUUCGAUAAAAUACAAAAAAUCAGACUUUGA